GCAGACAUGAACAAAGCAUAUAGUUGGUAAAAUAAUCGUAGAAAACGGAGUAGAAGAUCUGAACCCAGGCAUAUCCUCAAACCAGGAGUUCCCAGAAACAAAUCGCCAAAAAGUGGUGGAAUGCUCUCAAAAACCAGCUUUGAAUGUUGACCCGGAUACAAAUCUUUCACUCACUGAAAAGUGAAAACCUGUGACUAUCAUCCUGAAGUUGGAAGUACGCUAUGAUGAUCCAGAGAAACGUGUGGUUUCUGAACCCAUUGAGAUGACCCAAGAAUUUCGCUAUUUCGAUUUUGCUAGUCCUUGGGAACAGCGUAGCGACGGAUAAUUCCGAAUCUACAUAGGUCUAGUCCCAGCAACACUUGGGGACAUGAAAUCACUACAGCAUCUCGAUAUUGGAUCAAACCACCUACAAGGGGAGCUUGUCUUCUUGGACGCUCUCUCGAAUUGCAGGGACCUCCAUUUCAUAAAUUUGCAGGUGAAUGAUUUCACUGGAGGCCUUCCUGACUAUACUGGAAACCUCUCGAAGAAGCUUGUGGUUUUUGAUGCAACUGGCAACAAGUUGACAGGAGGAAUUCCAUCGACAAUAUCAAAUCUAAGUGCUGUCAGCUCGUUGAUCCUCAUGGACAACCAACUAAGCCAGUCGAUCCCAGAAUCCAUAAUGACUAUGGAGAACCUUGAGAGGAUUGACAUCUCAGGGAAUAGCUUCGUUGGUCCCAUCCCAGCGCAAAUCGGUAUCUCAAGAGACUGGUACAACUGUUUCUCUGCAACAAUAAAUUCUCUGGUUCUAUACCAGAUGGCCUUGGUAAUCUCACUUUGUUGGAGUACAUUUCCUUGUCUUAUAACAAUUUAUCCUCACAUGUGCCAGCAAGCUUGUUUCUUCUUAACAACCUUGUUGAACUGAAUCUAUCCAGUAACUCUCUGACUGGUGCAUUACCUUUUGACCUCGGCCACAUGAAACAGAUUAACAAAAUGGAUCUCUCUACCAACAACUUGGUUGGCAGCCUUCCAGAUUCUUUUGGACAGCUUGGGAUGCUAACUUACCUAAAGCUGUCUCACAACUCGCUUCAAAAUUCGAUUCCGUACACUUUUGGCGAUUUAAUUAGCUUAACAACACUGGACCUAUCUUCCAACAACUUGUCCGGUACAAUUCCAAAGUACUUGACAAACUUAACCUACCUCACCAGCCUGAACUUAUCCUUCAAUGAGUUACAAGGUUCAAUUCCAGAUGAAGGUGUUUUCAGAAACAUCACCUUGCAAUCUCUGAUAGGGAACUUCGGUCUGUGCGGUGCUCCCCGUUUAAGAUUUUUGCCAUGCCUGGGUAACUCUCACUCUGAAUAACGGACAUUUACUAAAGUUCCUACUCCCUUCUGUUGCUUUAGCUCUGGCGGCUAUAGCUAUAUGCUUAUACUGGCUUAUAAGAAGGAACAGCCUGAAGCAGGGAGAGAAAAUUUCAGCGAGGACAAAAUUUUGGGAGCUGGAAGUUUGGGCAAAGUUUUCAAAGGCCAACUGGACGAUGGUUUGGUGGUCGCGAUUAAAGUGCUCAACAUGCAAGUCGAGCAGGCCGUAAAGAGCUUUGAUGCUGAAUGCCAAGUGUUGCGGAUGGCUCGGCAUCGCAACUUGAUAAGGAUAUUGAAUACCUGUUCCAACUUGGAUUUCAGAGCACUGCUGCUUCAGUACAUGCCCAAUGGUAGCUUGGAAGCACACUUGCAUGCUGAAAAUAGUGGACCACCAGGAUUCAUCAAGAGAUUGGACAUUAUGCUUGGGGUGGCCGAGGCGAUGGAGUACCUGCACCAUCAUCACUGCCAAGUUGUCUUACACUGUGACCUGAAGCCUAGCAAUGUGCUGUUUGAUGAGGACAUGACGGCACAUGUUGCCGACUUUGGCAUUGCGAAGUUACUUCUAGGCUAUGACAACUCCAUGGUCUCAGCAAGUAUGCCAGGGACAAUUGGGUAUAUGGCCCCAGAGCUUUCCUACAUGGGAAAGGCGUCACGGAAGAGCGACAUGUUUAGCUUUGGGAUCAUGAUGCUCGAACUCUUCACCGGGAAGAGGCCCACGGAUCCCAUGUUUGUUGGAGAAUCCAGUCUUAGGCAGUGGGUUUCCCAAGCAUUUUCAGCAAGGCUCAUUGAUGUCGUUGACGAGAAGCUGCUACAAGGUGAAGAGAUAAGCAGUCGUGACUUUCAUCACCAGAUCAAUACUACUCCAUCAGCAUUACCUUCCACCGGUUGGAACAGCGACUUUGUUGUAUCAACAUUCGAGUUGGGCCUGGAGUGUUCAAGUGAUUCUCCUAACGAGAGGGCAAGCAUGAACAACGUGGUCGUAAGGCUGAAGAAAAUUAAGAAGGAUUGCUCGGCUUCCAUGGCAGUGACAAAGGGAUGAGCUUUUGUAUGGUAAUACUGUGCUCGGUUCUCUGUAAUAAAAUCAUCUGGCCUUACGGUACAUAUUUAUUAAGUUUUCACUUAGAAAAUAAUAAUCUGUUUAGUUUUCCUAGCAAAUCAAGCAUGAUGAUGGUGUUAUGUCGCUAGUUCAGUUAUUAUACACAGUAGAGUUGUAACAUGAUGGUUAUGUGCAACUGCAUGUGCCAUAUAUACCUGCAAUGGUACAUUGAUAUAGUGUGUGAUAACUGGUUUGUUUAGCGUUGGCGCGAGUGGUCUCUAAGCUUAGAGCCCUUCACUCAACAAUCCGAACGCCGGCGCCCUAGCUAGCUGCUUACAGUCAAA